GGGUGGGGUUGGGGUGCCGUGGGGGUGAUUGAUGAGUUGCAGCAGAUGCAACGGUAGCAGUAAACAGCGCGGGCGGGGCGGACGCCUCACAUCUCAUAGUAAUCAAUGGUGACAAUUCUUCCUGUGACGUCAUGAGAAAAUUAUCCGGGGGCCUUAGUAGCGUGUUUCAUUCUACUUUGAGAAGGAUGGGAGACAGCCUAGCAGGACAGCCGAGGCGCGGCCAGCAGAGUGUCAGGGAGUGAGGCGCGGCGCUGGGCGCCCGUGGGGGGCGUGGUGUGGGCCAUGCUGCGGCGGGACGCGGGGUGUCAGCGGGGGGCGGCGGGAGGCGAGGGCUUGCAGGAGUCCCAGCCCUCCACCCCCAGUGAAGACUGCAAGUUUGUUAACUCUGCUCAUCCAGAAUCCGUCUUGAGUGGUCUUAAUGAAUUCCGCAAGAGUGGGCAUUUUUGUGAUGUAACGUUGUGUGUGGAUGGACAAACCUUCCCUGUCCAUCGCUCUGUUCUAGCUUCCUUCAGCCUUUACUUCAGGGCAAUGUUCUUGAGCAACCUUGCUGAGUCUCAGCAGGAACACAUCACUCUGAGUGGUGUGGAGGCAGGCAUGGUGGCACUGCUGCUUGACUAUGCAUACACCUCCACCAUCACCAUUACUGAGGCCAAUGUACAGGCCCUUUUGAGUGCCUCCAAUUUGUUGGAGGUGGUGGCAGUGAGGGAUGCUUGCUGCAGGUUCCUUGAACGCCACAUUGAUGCCACUAACUGUGUGGGCAUCCACUGCUUUGCUGAGGCCCAUGCUUGCCAUGACUUAACAAAGAAGGCCAAAGCUUAUACUUUAAGGAACUUCACCCAAGUCAUGACUGGGGAAGAGUGGCUCAGUCUGCCUAUAGAGAAGGUGGUUGAGAUCUUGUCAUCAGAUGAGCUGGAAGUGGAGAGGGAAGAGUAUGUGUAUGAUGCUGCCACCACAUGGCUCCACCACUCCUAUGCCACUCGCUCCUCCAUCUUUCACAAGAUCCUGGAGUGUGUUCGGCUGGCAUUGGUAAGCCCUUAUUUUUUAGUGGAUGUUGUGGAAGGAGAGACUGCAGUGCGGACAUCCCCCGAGUGCAGAAUCAUUGUGGAGGAAGCUCGGCUCUACCAUCUCCUUCCAGACCGCCGCCACCAACUCAUCUCACCAAGGACACGCCAUCGACGAAACACUAACACCACCACAGUGAUUGUGGCAGUGGGUGGGGAGGACAAUAAACUAGUCCUUCGUUCAGUGGAAUGUUUUGAUCCACUCGCCCAUAGCUGGAGGAGCCUCUCAUGCCUUCCCUUUGCUGUCAGCAAACAUGGAUUGGUAGUGUCUGGAGAGAAUGUUCUCUACCUGGCGGGAGGAGAGUUUCCUGAUGGCACUGUGACUCGCUGCCUGUGUCGUUAUGACCCUGUGCUGGAUGAAUGGCAUGACUUGGCUCCCAUGUCCCGGCCUAGGUCUGAAUUGGGGCUAGCAACACUGGAUGGUUAUGUGUAUGCUGUGGGUGGAUGGGAUGGCUCCAACCGCCUGACUGAUGUGGAGCGUUAUGACCCACGUACCAAUGCCUGGAGACCUGUAGCCUCCAUGGAGCUUGGCCUCACUUCCCCUGCCAUUGCAGCAUGCCAGGGCAAACUAUAUGUGUGUGGAGGUGCCAUUUUGGAAGACGGAGAUGGCACUGAGUGUGUCCAGAUGUAUGAUCCCCACACAGACACAUGGGAGCAACUGCCCCACAUGAUCAUUCCCCGCAGUGGGUCAGCAGCAGCAGUGCUCCAUGGCCUUAUCUACAUCAUUGGAGGAUGGCAUGCCUCCACAGAGAACACAAACAAAGUGGAGAAGUUUGACCCGAGAACCAAGACAUGGGAGACUGUGGCAAGCAUGUGUGAGCGCCGCUAUAGACCAGGUGUGGCUGUUGUGGAUGGCAAGCUGUACAUCCUUGGUGGUGAGGAUGGAUGGGAGCACUUCCAUGACACCAUUGAGUGCUACAACCCUGACACCAACACUUGGACCCAUGUUGGAGAAAUGCUAACAGGACGUUCUUGGCUCUCCUGUGCUCCCCUCAGGGUCAAGAAGGAAAUUUUGGGGAACCUUGCAACUCCCAUGUCUUGACAUCCCCGAGCCUCCACCAACCAGGCACGUCAAGCUCUCUGGAAGUAGCCAGAGUGUGUACGUGCCAGCACUGAUCUUUGUCUGGCGGGACGGAGAGCAGAAGCAACAUCUGGCAUGCUUGAGAUCUUGUAUAUAGAAAAAAAUAGGCCUAAUAUAAUUUAAUAUGUUCAGUACUACAACUUUGAAGUGUGCAGUAAUUAAUACUUUUAUGUAAGCCAUUUACUGAAAAAUUGACAAACAUGACAAUUCCUAAGCUUCAUUUCAUGCUGAUAUUAAAAAAAACACAAUGCACAGUCUGCUUCAAAUGUUUAAAAGUAAAAAAAAAAAACAUUCAUUACUGCCCAUUAUUAUUACUGGUGUAAGUUUUUAGGAUUCACGAGAAUCUAAAGGAUCUCAUGGUGUAUUAUUGCAUUAAUAAUAAGUAAUAGCCUGUAGUAAAAACCACAUGCAAACAUUCCAUCAUCUUUACAGACUAACUACAGACAAUCAGUAAGCCAAUGAAUUGGAUAAUUUUUUAAUGUUGGUGUUUUUGUGAUAUUUUUUUACUCAAGCAUUCGUGUCUCAAUGUUUUUAUUGUCACUGAUGUGUAACCAUUAUAAUUUUUGUUUAUUUUCAGUGAGACUGAAUCUAGACGUAGUACUGACUUUUUUUAUGUAGAUCUGACUUUUGCAAGGAGGGAGGCAAGUGCUGCUGGACAAGGUCAGUUGUGGGUUACCACCUCCCACAUAGCUGGGCCCUGGUGGAGGCUCUUGCACAGCUGAUAGGAAAAGGUAAUAUUUCUUGAUGGUUGUUGUGUUCAUGAUAUGUUUAUUUACUCUACUCAUACAAGGAUGGGAUAACAGGUAGCUCUUAAGGAACUAGUCUGUAAAAUUAGCUAACAUAUUUACCCUCAUAUAUAUAUAUAUAUAUAUAUAUAUAUAUAUAUAUAUAUAUAUAUAUAUAUAUAUAUAUAUAUAUAUAUAUAUAUAUAUAUAUAUAUAUAUAUAUAUGCAUGCAUGAGGCAUAAUGGAUGUUGAAGUUUGGCUUUUGUUGGUUUAAAGAUUCACUUCUGUCUUUGUAACUGGUCUACAUGCAUAUCAUGAAUGAUGUGGUAGUCUUGUUGAGCGAAUAAGAAUUUUCAUUGAAUUUUAUGAUGACAAUAGGAUGUCUUAUUUAUGUAUUUAUUUAUUUUUUGUUAUGUAUUUUUUUUUUCAAACCAUAUGUGAAAGGUAUUAAGAGUAUGUCAUGCUGUUCUCAGUACCAUGAGUGUUAGGUUAGAGGCAGGAUAAUUUUUCAAGUUCAGUGUUAGUGAGAGUAGAAAUAAAAUUUGAUAUUGCUCAUUUGUGAAGUUUCAUACAUUUAUUCUAUUUGUCAUUUAUUUUGUUUGUAGUUAUGUCAGCUAGUCAUGUUUCCAUAUUUGUGAUGCUUGCAUGAUCUCCUUUAGCUUUCUGUUCAAGCUAGGUAUAGUGGUAGUGACUAAGAGCUAAGAGCACAAAGUAGUGGAUAAGUAGUGAGCAAUGUUGUCAGUCCUUGCAAUAAUCAAAGGAUAUUUAUUUUUUAAAGGUGGAUGUGGUUGUAUUGAUGAACAGUAUGUUGCUGUGAUGAUGUUUUCAUGUCAUGAUGUUAAGGACAUUUCUUGUGUUGUAUGUACUCAUUGUUGUAUUUAUUUAUUUACUUAUUUUUUACAGUGAAUGUUUCCAGAAUUAUUGAUGUGCCCAUGGUGAAGCAUUCUGAAUUUCUUGCUCAUACUUUUCAAUGCAGCUUUUUCCAUUUCAUUUAUGGUAUAAGUUAUUUGACCACAUGGAAAGAGUGGCAGAAAGUGAGUCAGAUAGUUGUGUAGGAUAAAAGAUGAUAACCUCCAGCGAAAUGGGACAAAAUGAUGGAGUAUGCAAAAGAAAGGGGUAAAAGAAGAAUAAGAGGAUUAGAACGUAAAAGGAGGGAAUAGUAGAACUGAUUUUAAAUGGAGUUCUGUCAUGGCUGUUUUUGGGGAGGUCUUGAGAACAGGCAUCAGAUAUAGAUAUAGAGGUAGAUUUUAUUGAGAGAGAGAGAGAGAGAGAGAGAGAGAGAGAGAGAGAGAGAGAGAGAGAGAGAGAGAGAGAGAGAGAGAGAGAGAGAGAGUUUAUGCAUGCAAAUGUGGGAUCUUGACUUUUCUUACUGAAGGUGUUGUCCCUUGUGAUAUGCAAUUGAGGAUCAGUAGCUUUUAUGGAAAUUGAAAGUUAGUAUUUAAGUAAGUUUGUAUAUUUCAAGAAAGAAAAGAAUGUGAUUUAUGCAUGCCUUACUGGAUUCUAAGAAACUAUCUUUGAGUUUCCGUGAGAAAUCAAUAGUUAUUUUUUAAAUAGACAUGGGCACUUUCCCAAAAUCUCCCUAGACCCGAUCCUGUAGGAUAGGUUAGAUUAGACUUUGACUUGCGUCAAAUUCACAUGCGCGCUGCUUACAGCAGGUUAGGUGUCACACCAGUCAGUUUCAGCGAAGCUUUGUUCCUUGUGCUGUAAGACUUUGGAACAUGCUUGACGAGGGCACAUGCACUGCGAGUGAUGUGCAAAAAUUCAAGUCUGCUUCGAACAAAAUCUUGAAGAGUCUAGUCAAUUAAACUCUGGUUGCUUUUGCAGCUAUACCGGUGAUAAAUUAUGUAACUAUACCUGUGAUUUUAGACCAUCAAGUUUUAAGUAGUUAUACUACAUUUACUCGUGUUGUCUGACAUAUAUUAAAUAAGUCAGAAUUGUUGAUUUUUUUUGUUGAAUUUUUUUGUGAGUUUUAAUAAUUCUCAGUUCGUUGAGGCGUUCUUUAUAAUUGUUUAACCUAUUUUCUCCUCCUGCUCUGAUUUCAUCCUACUAUUGUGCUAAUUGCUUUUCCUUUCUUCUUUCUACAGUCAAGGUGGGUGGGGGUUGUCAUCUGGCAACUUAUAGCGCUUGCGCUCGUCCCACUCUGCCUUCUCCGUUAUGUUUAAUAAUAAUAAUAAAAGUAUCCCUAUUGGGAAUCUAGGGGAGGUGCCUAGGUUAGGUUAGUUUAGGUUACAUUAGUAUCCCCGAGAGAGGUUCCUGGGGGGCACACCCCCUCACUGGCCAAGUUAGGUUAGGAUAGAUUAGUAUCCCCCAGCUAGGUUAGGGGGAUAAGAGGAUUAUGGUGUAAAUCUAAAAAUUUACCAAUUUUUUUUUAUUACAUAUAGAUAUGGUCAGUCAGAAUUCAUGCAGUAACAUCAGUCUUGCUUUGUGGCACUAGAUUUGGUUGUGUAUUCCGGUGACUUACUGUAGUGACACUCAUUCAGUAUUAUAAUGUAGAUAAUACUAUGGGUACCUCUGUGAGUGGGUGAUUGGUAAUUGAAAUCCAUGCCACUGUCUAGUUAAGUUCUGGGAGGGAUUAUGUUAGGAUACUGUGUUGGUUAACUUUGUGGGAUGAUAUUUUUUGAUAAUGAAUAUGCUGUGGAGUAAAAUGAUUGUUGUUACUGUCAUAUUUGUUGGGUGGGAAUGUAAAACGAACACAGUGAUGACCAGUAUUAUGGUAACUUUUUAUGGAAAGGCUAUACUGCUGUUAUAACAUCUCAUUUGUGUUAAUACUGUUGUUAUUCCAACACUAGUAGUGCAUCUGGUGAAAUGGCUUUAGCAGAUAAGUUUUUAUCCUCUGCUUUAGUUUAAUGCCAGGUUUGAAAACAUCUUGCAUAAUCUAAUUGGUUCAUCUUUAAUUGAUGGAGAUUAGGUAAAUGGUAAAUAGUUGAAGAAACUCUGGGAAAGUAGACAGUGGUAGCCUGGAUGACACAACUCUAUGAAAUGAGAUUUUGUUCCUUUUCAUGUUGCAGUGAUGAAACACCUUGUACUUCAUGAUCAUUACUCCUCACGGCCUUUAUUAAUUUCCCUGAAUUUUAACCUUGUAUUUACUUAUUUAUUUAUUCUUUCCAUUAUUGUUCAGGUCAAAUAAUUUUGUAUCAUCCACACUUACACCUAUUUAUGUAUAGGUGAACAACUGUAGACUUAACAAUUAAUUCCUUAGUGUGAUCAGCUGGACAGUCCUUGGUUGAAAGAAUUCUUUUACAGAGAAAUUGACAAAAGUGUUGUAAUGCCAUGUAGGUAUCAGUUAAUUCCAAAUUGUAGCCUGCAAAUCCAAGUCUCCUUUUUCAGUGCCUGCAAUUUGACAUUAAAAAGUAACUACCAGUCUUCCUUCCCAUUUUCUCAGAAGUCUAAACUUUUAGAUUCAGAAUUAUUAGAUUUUUUAUUUUUUUUUUUUCCAGAUUCAGAACUGUUAGAUGGUACCUGUAUUUUUUUAAAUUAAUUAAUUAAUUAAUUUUUAUGUUCAGGUACAUAAAAGUUGAUACGAAAAUAAACAUUGCACAAACAUUUUCAAGUCAUUCUUUGGCUUAUAACAAAAACUCAAUUUCAGGCACACUAUUAUAUGGUGUAUUUUUAAUCAGCAUAUCAUUUACUACCAUUUACUAUCCGUUGGUGAACCAAAAUAAAGUUAUAAAGACAAGCCAAAGAAAAGAACGUGAAUAUAUGAAGCGGAUCCAGAAAGAGAGAGAAACCCGCAUUGCAAGUCGGCACUUGCCACUGCCAUUCAGCACGUAACUUACGCAUUCUUGAAGGUUACCCAAAUGCCUCGAGGAAAAGGUUUCUCAGCCUCCCAUGACAUUUACCUCAGAUUACAAGAGGGUGCUUGUAUUCAACUGAUUCCAGCCAGGGUCUUGUUAUAUAAACAACGAGACAUGUGUUGCUGUUGCAUCUGUAACUGUAUGGCUUUAACCAAAAUAGUGUCCAUCACUAAAGUUAACAGACAUGGUUACUGAAGGAGUUUCACCAGAAGAAGGAAAAGAAAAAGUUGAGAAUAUAUAUAUAUAUAUAUAUAUAUAUAUAUAUAUAUAUAUAUAUAUAUAUAUAUAUAUAUAUAUAUAUAUAUAUAUAUAUAUAUAUAUAUAUAUAUAUAUAUAUAUAUAUAUAAUAAAAUGAAAUACAUAGGUCACAUGAUCAAGAGCAGGAAUGUCGAUUGAUGAGGAACAGCUGUUUGAGAUCGUUUUCAUCAUUAUUUUCGUCGCUAACUCACGCAUAUUUUGCUGAUCAUAAUGGAGCAAUCACUACUAUAGUCUCUCUUUUGGUUUCACAGUCAUAAUGAUAACAAGGCUCAUUAAGGAAUACAUCGCUAAAUUACAGAGUAGAAUGUUUCGUAACACUAUAUUCUGCCGACUGUCUAAUGUUACUCAUGGUUAUAAUGUUGCCAUUAAUCAAGAUCUUUCCAUAUCUGUGACUAAGAAGCACUGUUAAUGAAGUACUAUUGACAUAUUUCAACUUGCUGAGAUUGCUCACAGCAAUGUAUCUUAACCUUUGAAAGGGUAAAUAAAAAAAAAAUGGAAAUAGACUAAUAUAAUAGUAUAAACUAAGAGAGAGAGAGAGAGAGAGAGAGAGAGAGAGAGAGAGAGAGAGAGAGAGAGAGAGAGAGAGAGAGAGAGAUUAAUGUAUUAAGUUGCUUCCAUUUACAGCAUGGGCUAGUAAACACGUUUAGAAACUAGGAUAAUUUCUUUGCUACUACAAGCUGUUUUUUUUUAGAAGAUAGUCUGGCACUUAAAGUUAUUACGACGAUUGUAGACGUACGGAGAGGAAGCAAGGGGGAGAGGUUCUCCCCACUCCAAACUUGAAAUAUCAUCACUAAACGUUGAGCAAAAGUGUGUGUAUUUUGAUAAAUUAUAAAGUCGCACGUAUAUGUAGAA